AUGCUCGCUUUGUUUCUCCGAGAUUUUGCAAUUUCUGUCAACAUGCCUGAGCCAGCCAAAUCCGCUCCGGCCCCGAAGAAGGGCUCCAAGAAGGCGGUGACCAAGGCGCAGAAGAAGGACGGCAAGAAGCGCAAGCGCAGCCGCAAGGAGAGCUACUCCGUGUACGUGUACAAGGUGCUGAAGCAGGUCCACCCGGACACCGGCAUCUCGUCCAAGGCCAUGGGCAUCAUGAAUUCGUUCGUGAACGAUAUUUUCGAGCGCAUCGCGGGCGAGGCGUCGCGCCUGGCGCAUUACAACAAGCGCUCGACCAUCACAUCCAGGGAGAUCCAGACGGCCGUGCGCCUGCUGCUGCCCGGGGAGCUGGCCAAGCACGCGGUGUCUGAGGGCACCAAGGCGGUCACCAAGUACACCAGUUCUAAGUGA